AACGAAACGGCGAUAAAUGCGGCAUAGACGAGCUCGGUGAUUCCGCAGACUUUAAUUUAUUUACUUAUUUAAUUUAAUUAAUUUAUUUAUUUUCUAGGCAGUAGAAAGUCCGAAGGACGUGGCUGGCCGAUGUUUUCUGGUGAGAUAUUUUUUUCCAGCUUCCCAUUUGAAUCAUGAAUCCCGGUGGCCUUCCAUCCACGUAUUAACCAGGACGGACCCUGCUUAAUUCUUCAAUGGCAAUUAAUAGGAGGUUCAUAUCGGCAAAGAACACUCUGUUGGGCCCCUUUGUCUUGCGUUAGCAAACUACUGAAAACUCCAAGCAUCGACAUGUUCAUAUGAACAUCCUUAUGUUCAUAAGGAGCCUGGUGGUGCAAUGGACUGAACUACUGUUAAAGGUAGUAUUUAGCUGCCAGCUGCCUGCAAUUACUGCAAGUUCAAAUCUCACCAGGCUCAAGGUUGACUCAGCCUUCCAUCCUUCCGCGGUGUCCCCAAAUCGGGGGGGGGGGAAAGCAACCUGACAUACAUUUGCACGAAUGAGUGUGCAAAUCUAAUGCGCACGAACGGCGGAACACGCCACGGCGACAGCCACUAAGGUCCAGUUGAAUUCGGAUGUCUACGCCAACCAAGCGAGCAAAUGAGCCAAUCAGCUUCGGAGUUUACAGAUCGGGAUCUGGCGGGCACCGGACAAAGCUGCCACUAUGGGCUGCACGGGAUCAAAGCCCUUUUCUUUGACUUGGACAACACCUUGAUCGACACCGCCUCUGCAAGCAGGAGAGCCAUUGCAGAGGUAAUCAGAAUUUUACAAUAUGAGUAUCACUACACUGAAAGAGAAGCUGAUAUGGUGUGUGAUAAGUUCCAAGCCAGGCUGUCCAAAGAAUGCUUUGAUCCAUCUGAAAUAUCUAUUACUAAUCUAAGGAUCCAACAUUGGGAAGGAGCUAUACAAGAAGUAAAGGGAGGAACAGCCAAUCAGAAGUUGGCUGGAGAAUGUUAUUUUCUUUGGAAAACCACCCGCCUGAAGCACUUGACUUUGACAGAGGAAACACGCAAGAUCCUCAGGGACCUCAAAAAAGUUGUCCCUUUGCUUUUGCUAACAAAUGGAGACACUGAGACACAAAGAGAAAAGAUCGAAGCUUGUGCCUGUCAGGAAUUCUUUGAUGCAAUUGUUGUAGGAGGAGAGCAGAAAGAAGAGAAGCCAUCGCCAUCCAUUUUCCUUCACUGUUGUGAACUUCUAGGAGUCCAGCCGGAGGACUGUGUGAUGAUUGGAGACUCUUUAGACACAGACAUCCAAGGAGGAUUGAAUGCAGGUUUAAAGGCAACCAUUUGGAUAAAUAAAACUGGAAUAGUUCCCACAGAAACAUCUCCUGUUCCUCAUUAUACUAUUUCUUCUCUUCUUGACCUUCCUGGACUUUUAGUAAAACAACAUUUUGAAAUAAGUCAGAUGGCAGAUAAUGUACAUGACAGUCUCACCAAGUAAUUUAAGAGUUUAGCCUCUUCGGUUUACAGUUAAAGGGCAUUUCUAUCUAUGAGGUUUACAUUGAUUUACUUAAAGUGCUCUGUUCUAUCUUUUUUUAAAAAAAUACAUCCUGUGCCAUGUUGAACAUAUUUGAGUCUUUUACAUGCUGUUCAUGUUAUGUCAAAGUGUGGACUAUACAGAGGACUGUAAAGAAGUGGCCAUUUUUUGCUGCUGCAAAUCUUGCAAACUCACUAAAUUCUCACAAGAGUCCAGCAAUAUCAUUUUAUUUGUUAUGGGAGGGAAUCAGGAUAUCUAAGACAAGAAAUUAGUAACUGAAACUGAGUUGUAGUUUCUGUCUUAAAAUAACACCCCACUCAACCAGCUUCUAUAAUGAUAUCAGAAAUAAAUAUAUUUCUUGGUUACUGCUAUUCAAAGAAAGCAAAUGAGCGGACAAUUCAUCAUUGCAUUCCCCCCCCCCCCCAUGGUAAGCCACAUUAAAGUACAGUUAGGCUGUGAGUCUCAAUACUGUUGGACAGUAUUUCUCAACCUUGGCAAUUUUCAUAUGCAUGGACUUCAACUCCCAGAAUUCCUCAGCUAGCAAGGUGAUCCAGGGUGAUAUCUGAAAGUUGCCAAGGAUGAGAAACACUGCUGUAGGAUGAAACCAGUCAUGUAGUGCCUCCUGGUGGUCAGUAUAACGUUGCAAAUGUGAAAAAUAGAGGCUGUAUUGUAAAGUAUAUUCAGUUCAAAAAAAUCAGUGUAACUGUCUCAAAGUUCAGGGUGUAUAUUUUUUUCUGAAAGUAUACAACAUCUUUACUGUAAUUUUAGACAUAGUUUUUAGGUUCUUUGGAAUCAAUGCAGAAAUAAACGCUACACUGCAAAUA